UUCAGUAUACCGCGGAAAAUCAGACUCAUCCAUAAGACUGCGAUCUCAUAUUCCCAUAUUACCACUCCGUGUAGUGUAUACCCAUAAGUUACAACCUAUUAUCCCGAUUCCCGAUGUGCAAUGAUAACAGAGUGCUCGUGUUUGUGCGUGCGCACUGUGACCGAUACCGAGCGACGGACUACACAACUUCCUAUACAAAUACAAUGCACCGUGUUGUUGAUAACGAUAGCAUAGACCAUUCGAGAGGACGGCGAAGACGUUCAAUUCGAGAAAUUCGUUUAUUAAGGAAAGCGUCUUAAAUCUCUUUUGAUUGGGCAACCGUUCCGCUGUCGCGCGUCUUACUGCUCACACAGCCUCGUACGCUUGUGAUCUACAUUCUACACAGAUCUAAUUUCACCUUUUUCGAGCAUACCUAAUUGGAACGACUGCAAACUUACAUAGUCCGCUGUCUGGCAAUUGUUCGUCUGUUAGUCUACGGCCUCAUCUCGUGCAGCCAGUCCCCAAAAGAAAUGCGGGUUCAUGUUUGGCCGUCGUGCGACGUAGAUUUUGCCUGUCUUGUAAAUCGUUAAAACGAUGUUCGGCCCCAGAAACGAUAUGUUACCGCUGAACGGAGCACAGAGUGACAAUGUCCAGUUACAAACAAACGUCGAAAUGAAAAUAAUAAACGAUUAUGUAGAAGUUAUCAGCUCUUCUGAUGCCGAACAAAUUAUUGAAUGUGAAAUUAUAACUGAAGGAGAGUUUGAAAACAAUACAUUCACAAAUUUAGAAAAUAAUUUACCAAAUGAUACAUAUAAUGAUAAUCAAGACUCUAUUUCAAGAUGCAAAAUGUCUACAGAAGAUUUAUCAACAACAAGUAUUAAAAAUCAAAUAUUAUCCGAUAGCAAGUUGGAAAACAAAAAAUCAACAUACUUUGAAAUAAAUUUACCAAAUAAUCCAUGCAAUGAUAAUCAAGAUUCUAUUUCAAUAUGUGAAAUAUCUAUAAAAGGUUUAUCAUCAUCAAGUGAUACAAAUUAUAUAUCCAAAGUAGAAAAUGAAAAUCCAAGUAUAGAUCAUUUAAUUAAAUCUGAAAUUGAUGACAUAUACGAAAAAAAUAAAAAACGUAUAGAAGCAGAAAUAAGAUUGGAUGAUGCAUUCAGAGAAUGUUUAAUUGAAAUUAAUAGUGACUUGUCUAUUGAUGAUAAGGAUAUUUUUAAUAAUAAAUUUAAACAAUUAAAUGAAAAUGAUUCAUCAACAAAAACCAAUCAUAAAAGAAAAAAAUUACUUUCAGACGAAUUUGAUACUGAUGCUGAUACUGAUAGUGAUACUAAUAGUAAUUGUAGCUGUGGCAUUCAUAAAGAACACUCCUAUUUUGAAAAAACUAAUAAAAAACGAAUAGUUGAUAAAAUAAUUAACCAUUCAAAUGCCAUUUCAGAACAGUCUUCAAAAUUUUGUCAAGAAAUUGACAUUGAUAUUGGUAAUCAUAAUAUUUUUUUUAAUCAAUCUUCUAAAAUAGAAAAUUUUAAAAAGACUUAUAAGAGAUUUUUACAAAAAAGUAUUUGUCUUAAUUUACCAUCAAGAAUUGAUAAAUGUAUUGAAUGUCGUGUUCACCAAAUGAAAGAUAAUUUGACAAAACGUGAUUAUGAUACCAUUACUUGUAGGUUUUAUGCAUUCCGUCAAUUAAGAUAUAAAAAAUCUGGAAAAUUAGUUGUGGCUGGAUAUCCAGAUCCUUAUAAACACCUUGAUAUCAUUGAUGUAGGAUUGUGGUUACCUGGUAAGCAUUCAUCUGCUCCAAGUGAUUUUAUUAUUAAAGCGUCUAUAAAAAUUUUAAAAGAUACAGGAGGCCAGUUUUGCAUGAUAGUUCGGGAUGAAAUAGAAGCUUUAAAAUUGAAUUUGCCAAGUAAUGGGAAAACACGUAAAAUAGUAUGGAAAAAAUGUGUAAAUGGAGUUAGAGAAAUGUGUGAUGUUUGUAAAACUACAAUAUUCAACCACCAUUGGUCUUGUGGUAAAUGUGGAUUUGUAGUCUGUAUUGAUUGCUUUAAGGUUAAACUUAAAGGUACUCAAGUGACUGAAAAACAACAUUUUAUUCAAAGAAAUAUCAAUAAAAAAAUUUGGUUACUUUGUUCAAACCAGGAAGAGCACCGGGUUGAAAAUCUUUCUAUUACCCAAAUACUGGCUGGCAAUGCUUUAAAAUAUAUUUCAAACCUCAUGCACAAUACAUGUUAUGAUCGUAACAUACCUUUAAGUUGUAGUUGCAAUGAAAAAUUAAAAAAAGUUUUUCCACCUAAUUAUCCUGAUCCUGUUUUUGACAAGGUUCUUAAUAAUAUCUACGGAAGAAGUAAUUCUGACGAUACAGAUAAUGAAGAAGAAAAUUCAAAAUUGCAAGCUAUACUAAAAAAACAAUAUGUUAAGUUUUGCAAUUUAUUAAAAGUAUUUGAAGAAGUUAAAUCUGACAAACUUUGUACCAGUAUUUCUAGAGAAAAUAUUGAAGAUACAAAUUAUGCAGCUGAACAUAUCAUAAAAAAAGAAUGGCUUACACCCAAAUUAUCAUUGCUGUCAGAUGAUAAAACUCUUGCACCUCAUAUGUGGUUGUGUGAAGGACAUUUGUUACGUUUAUUAGAUCCAAAAAGUGAUAUUAACUAUACAAUUUUUCAGGACCAAUGGAAACGUGGACAACCCGUAUUAGUGAGUGAUGUUGGCAAUAAAUUAAACUCUUCACUAUGGCAUCCAGAGUCAUUUUCUCAAGAUUUUGGCAAUCAAAUUAAUGACCUGAUUAACUGUACCACUGGUAAUGUGAUUUCAGACCAACCGAUGAGCAAAUUUUGGAAUGGGUUUGAAAAUGCUGAGGAAAGGUUGUGUGAUAAACAGGGCAAUGUAAUGUUACUUAAACUUAAAGACUGGCCACCAUCGGCAGAUUUUGCAGAAACAUUGCCAGAUAGAUUUCAAGAUUUGAUGAAUUGCCUACCACUAAAAGAGUACACACACCGUAACGGUAAAUACAAUUUAGCUUCUCGCUUGCCAGAAUGUUUCGUUCGACCAGAUUUGGGGCCAAAAAUGUAUACAGCUUAUGGUAAUGCAGGUACAAAGCACAAACAAGUAGGCACCACAAAUCUUCAUUUGGAUAUAUCAGAUGCUGUUAAUGUUAUGGUUUAUGUUGCGAUUACUAAGAACUGCAAAGAAUAUGAUUAUGAUUGGCAUGUGAGGGAAGCUUUACAAGUAAUUAAAGAAGCUGGUUGUGAUGAUUUGACAUUGAGACGAAUUUACGUGGAUGGAGAAAUUCCUGGUGCUCUGUGGCAUAUUUACCAUGCAUCAGAUGCUGACUCGAUUAGAGAUUUAUUAAUCAAAGUUGCAGUUGAACACGGAACACCUCUAGAACAAUUCAGUGAUCCAAUACACGAUCAAUCUCACUAUCUGGAUGAGUACCUUAGGGAGCGCUUGUAUAAAGAAUAUGGAGUCAAAGGAUAUGCAAUCGUUCAAUAUUAUGGUGAUGCAGUGUUUAUUCCAGCAGGAGCCCCUCAUCAGGUCAGAAAUUUACAUAAUUGUAUUAAAGUAGCGGAAGAUUUUGUAUCGCCAGAAAACGUCCAUCAUUCGUUUCGAAUGACACAAGAAUUUCGGAAUCUAACUGACAGUCAUACUAAUCAUGAGGACAAGUUACAGAUCAAAAAUAUUGUGUUUCACGCAGUCAAAGACUCAGUUUCAAUAUUGCAACAUAACUCACAUAAACUAUAAGUAAUAUACAAAGGUAUAGAGAUUUUUGAAUGUUAACAAUAUAUACAAUUUUGUAUAAAAUAUUAACAAAAUUAAAAUAAUUGUUACAUCCACUAAAUUUUUUUAUAAUUUUUUUUUUUACAUUUUAAUUGAAAAUGGAAAAUUACCAUAAGUUGCCAUCUCAUUUUUAGUCAUUUUUUCUUUUUAAGUUUUAAUUAU